AACGAGGUUCUCGCGAGAACCGCAGUCUCCGCCCAGCCUCGUAGCGACGCCCAUGCCGCCAUGUUGCUUGUGGGCAGGCUCCUGAGACUGACGCUGGAGAGCCCGGCACCGCGAUUCUGAGGUUCCCAGUCACAGACUUCGUCAUGCCGGUCUGCAGGACUUCCUGAGAUUCUGUUUCGGUCCCCAGCUCCUGCGUUUGGAGGAGACCAGACCUCGGCUCCGCCGGGGCCGUGCCGGGUGGUCUGCCACCCGGCGUCCCUGACCAAGCCCUAUGAGUGAUCUGCCUGCCUUCAGCUCCACUCGAGGGAACUAACGUCUGGGACCCGUCCACCCACAAAGCCAGGUCGGUCAUUCCGCACUCCAGCCAGGGCUGGAAGUCGGGGUCGGCGGGAUGGAUGAGGCGUAAGAAAGCAGUGUCUGUGAACAUUGCUCCAGAACAAGGAAGGAUGCCGCUUUUCUUCCGGAAGCGGAAACCUAGUGAAGAGGCUCGGAAGCGCCUGGAGUACCAGAUGUGCGUGGCAAAAGAAGCCGGGGCAGAUGACAUUCUCGACAUCUCUAAAUGUGAGCUCUCAGAGAUUCCGUUUGGGGCUUUUGCAACAUGCAAAGUUUUACAGAAGAAGGUGUUGAUCGUCCACAUGAAUCACCUCACUUCCCUGCUUCCUAAAUCCUGCAGCCUGCUGAGUCUGGCAACCAUCAAGGUUCUGGAUCUUCACGAUAAUCAGCUGACAGCCCUUCCUGACGAUAUCGGGCAGCUGACAGCUCUGCAGGUAUUGAACGUGGAAAGGAAUCGACUGACUUAUCUCCCACGUUCCAUCGGAAACCUCACCCAGCUCCAGACCCUCAGUGUGAAAGACAACAAGCUGAAGGAGCUCCCAGACUCCUUGGGGGAACUUCGAAGCUUGCGGACUCUCGACAUCAGUGAAAACGAGAUUCAGAGAUUGCCGCAGAUGUUGGCACAUGCUAGAACCCUGGAGACCCUGAGCCUGGAUGCCUCGUCCAUGGCUUACCCCCCACCGGAGGUGUGUGGUGCAGGCACCGAGGCCAUUCAGCGGUUCCUCUGCAAAGAGUCAGGGCUGGAAUACUACCCCCCUUCUCAGUACCUGCUGCCAGUCCUGGAGCAAGAAGGAGCCGAGAACUCCCGGGACAGCCCCGACGGGCCCUCGGACAGAUUCUCCAGGGAGGAGGUGGCGUGGCAGAAUAGGUUCUCAGACUAUGAGAAGAGGAAGGAACAGAAGAUGCUGGAGAAACUCGAGUUUGAACGGCGCCUGGAACUCGGGCACCGAGAGCACGCCCAGCUCCUCCAGCAGAGCAGCUAUCAGAAGGAGGAGAUCCUUCAGACGGUCAAGGAGGAGCAGUCCCGGCUGGAGCAGGGCCUGAGCGAGCACCAGCGCUCCCUGGAUGCCGAGCGCCAGCAGCUGCAGAAGCAGCUCAAGCAGACAGAGCAGAACAUCUCCAACCGCAUCCAGAAACUCCUGCAGGAGAAUCAGAGGCAAAAGAAAAGUUCUGAGAUUUUGAAGUCGCUGGAAAAUGAAAGAAUAAGAAUGGAGCAGUUGAUGUCCAUAACCCAGGAGGAGACAGAGAACCUGCGGAGACGUGAGAUUGCCUCUGCCAUGCAGCAGAUGCUGACCGAGAGCUGCAAGAACCGGCUCAUCCAGACGGCCUAUGAGUCUCAGAGGCAGAACUUGGUCCAGCAGGCCUAUUCCAGCAUGGCCGAAAUGGAUGAACGGUUCCAGCAGAUUCUGUCAUGGCAGCAGAUGGAUCAGAACAAAGCCAUCAGCCAGAUCCUGCAGGAGAGCGCCAUGCAGAAGGCCGCGUUCGAGGCUCUCCAGGUGAAGAAGGACCUGAUGCAUCGGCAGAUCAGGAGCCAGAUUAAAUUAAUAGAAACUGAGUUAUUGCAGCUGACACAGCUGGAGUUAAAGAGGAAAUCCCUGGACACAGAGGCACUGCAGGCAGGGCAGGUCUCCUCUGUGGCCAUGAUGCUGGACGAUGCUGCAGCUCUGGAAGGAGCCAGGGAGCUGAGCCCAGCACAGGCCAAGGAGAUGAUCUCGGAGCAGCGCUGGGCCCUCAGCAACCUGCUCCAGCAGCUGCUGAAAGAGAAGACGCGCCGAGAGGAGGAACUCCGGGAAAUUCUGACGGAGUUAGAAGCAAAAAGUGAAACCAAGCAGGAAAAUUACUGGCUGAUUCAGUACCAGAGGCUUUUGAACCAGAAGCCCUUGUCCUUGAAGCUGCAGGAGGAAGGUGUGGAGCACCAGCUGGCAGCCCUCCUGGUGGAGCUGGCAGCCGAGCACUACCUGCCAGUCUUCGCCCACCACCGCAUCUCCCUGGACAUGCUGAGCCGGAUGAGCCCCAGGGACCUGGCCCAGGUAGGCGUCUCAGAAGCUGGCCUGCAGCACGAGAUCCUACGCAGAGUCCAGGAGCUGCUGGAUGCAGCCAGGAUCCAGCCAGAGCUGCUCAAACUACCCAAGAGAGAGGUCCUCGGGGCCCCGACGCCCCCUACUGCCCCCAAGGAGCUCCCUGAGUCAGUGAGGCCUUCCGCUCCCCCUGCAGAGCUGGACGUGCAGACCUCAGAAUGUGUGGUGUGCCUGGAACGGGAGGCCCAGAUGAUCUUCCUCAACUGCGGCCACGUGUGUUGCUGCCAGGAGUGCUGCCAGCCACUCCGUACCUGCCCACUGUGCCGCCAGGAGAUCGCCCAGUGCCUCCGGAUCUACCACAGCAGUUGAGCCCUGGCUGCCAGCCCCAGGCCCAGACCACCUCUACCGCCUGGAGGCCCGGGUCUCCGGCUCACUGCCUGCUCUGGACAGACUAGUCCGGCCCCCUCCAUCCUGGGCCCUUUCCCACCACGGCCUGGAAGGGCACCCCCUACCCUAGAUCUCUAGGCACCUCUGGACCAGCAGGACAAGAACAGCUAGUGUUCCUGACUGAUGACGUAGCUGGUCUAAUACUGUGAAGGAAGAGAGAGGACCCCUUGGCACAACCACAGGAUCUGGGGCAUGCAGACGGCUGCCCUACCGUCUGAGUGCGGGACUGAGCAUCCUGGCCAGCGUGCCUCUGGGGCACACAGGCAGUGCCAUCCCACUCAGUGGAGUGGUAGGCAUGCAGGAGGGCCCUAGCCAAGGGGUUGGGAAGCCAUGGAUGGAGCUUCUGGUCACAGCGGUGUGACCCACCACAGUGGGCUGUCCUCAGAGUGGCUGCUGUGUGUUAGGCCUUGUGCGUCCCUGCCUCCCUCUCUCCUGUUCCCCAGCACUCUGGGCCUCUCUGCUCUCCGGAUCUGUACCUCCUCACCCCGUGCAGUUCACAGGCAGGCAAUGAGCUUGGCAGCAGGGAUGUCAAUAAAUUAACCUCAGCCUGCUUCUUCCAGGUCAUCACUGGGUCCUGGCGGAGCCUGCGGGAGGGGACAAAAUGAAGUCUGGGAUGUAGCCAGGGAAGGGCUGCACCGCAGUCGGGAGAGAUGAAGUGGAGGCAUUCCUAGAUGUGAAGUUCUCUAAGCCUCCCCGUGUUACAGGUGGAGAGAUGGGGCAUCAGAGGGGAAGGCACGGAGAGUCAGCCAGAGCAGUCCUGUGGCGUGGGGCCUGCACUGUGCACUCCAGUAUCAUUACCCGGAUGACGGAGCCAAAGCUGAGGAGCUGAAUGCCUGGGCCUUGCACAGGCCCUGGCAAUGCUGCAUUUGGGGCACUUGACUCCUGAACCCGGGCAGUCGUGCAGGUUGCUGACUGCACAGUUCUAGGAGCCGUGUACCUUGUGCUUGCUGUACAGUUGCUCAUCUGUUGUCCGUUUUUUGGCAGAAGGCAGAGGCCUAAGGCAGCUUUUCCUUUGGGCUAGAAGCAGGCCUGCUCGGGGUACCUGGGCUCGGCCUCCAGCUACCUCUCACCCUGGCCAUCCCUCCAGUCGCCAAUUUCCGCAUCCUUCAGCAACAGACGUGACAGGUUGGUGGCCACCAGGGGGCACUGUGUGCUCACUCCAUGUGCCUGGCUGGAUGCAGAGGACAGGCCCCUGGUGGGCAGAGCCCCAGCUCCCCUGGGCCUCAGUUUCCCUACCUCAUGUUUCUUCCUCACCGACCCUGUGUGCUGAAAUGGGAGGUGAAGGCCCCCUGUGUGAGUCCUGCUUUCCAGGCAGGAGCUGGGGCCUCUUCUGUGUCGGUUCUUCCCCUGGCACCUCUGAUGGUUCCCCUCUCCCACCCUCCAGGGUUCAGCUUGGCCAGGGAGGGAGACUGACUGGACAGCAGAGCUGUGUGCAGAUCCCCUCGAGCCCUCCCAGGCCCCAGGCCCCAGGCCCCAGGGGGGAAGAAUUCUGUAAUCCCCUUUUAUACCUGUGCCCGAGGACUUGUCAGGGGCAAAGGUCAGACUACAGCUGGAUUCCUGCUCCAGCCCCAGCCCUGCUGUUGCUCAGCCCUUGUCCACAAGCCCCCUCAGCCACUGCCACAAAGGUGACUGGCUACCACCCUACCCUGUAGAGACAUGUUUUUACCCUUGGAAGGGGCAACCCCUGCCCCUCAGCUAUAUGUGUGUUUUGGGGGGACACGCUAUGCCCCAUAGCCUCAGCCAAGAUUUUCCACUUCCUGGGCCUCGGUUUACACCUUGGUGAAAGGGUGGUGACAACGGCUCCCACCUCCAGAGCUGCUGGUCCUGCCCGUGAGGCACUAGGCCCACAGUAUCUAGUAAACACUGUCUUCGUGGCCCAGAUCCACUGUGGGCACCCCAGGGCCAAGUGGCCUUAAAGCUGCUGUCAUCCUGUCUGACUGGUCACCCGACGUGGCCCGAGGAGCACCCUGCAGACCUCGCUGAGGGUUCUACUGAGCUGCCAUCAGCUGGUUACCCGUGUGCCCCACGGCCCCUCUCCUACGCUCAGCUUCCUCUGUGAAGUGGGGUAACGGAGGAGCUCUGGCCGUGCACCCCGAGGCACUCUGCCAAGGGACAGGAUCAGAAGGCCAAGGUGCAUGGUCAUUCCUAGACCGGAUCGCCCCCUGCUGGC